AUGAGCGAAACUCAGCUCAAUCCCGCUCUUUCUUAUGCGCAGCGAAUAGCGGCUGCGGCUUGUUAUCCACCCGUCCCUAAACGGUGCGUUGUCACCGGUGGGACUGGUUUUGUUGGAACACGACUAGUGGAAAUGCUAGUGGAACGUGGUGCAGAAGAAGUAAUCAGCUUUGACAUAGUUCCUAAGGAAAAGGGAAUCGGGAUAUGGAACCAUCCAUUGAUUAAGUAUGUAGUCGCUGAUAUUACUUGCUUCGAGGAUGUUUCUUCAACUAUUAAGGGUGCUGACUGUGUUUGGCACCUUGCAGCGGCGGUCGGCCCGUUUCACCCACCUGACCUUUACAGAAAGGUAAACUACAUCGGCACCCUAAAUGUUAUUCGGGCAUGUAAAGAACAUGGUGUAAAAAAGCUUGUUUUCAGUUCUUCUCCUUCCACUCGUUUUAAAGGCUCACUUUUUCAUCGUCCGAAUAUUGAUGGACUUACUGAAGAGGAGAUGCCGCAUCUUCCACUUAAUCGUUACAUGCAAAUGUAUGCGGAGACGAAGGCGGAGGGGGAAAUGGCUGUGACAGCUGCAUGUGAUGAUGACUUCUGGGCAGUUUCUGUUGCACCACAUCAAGUAUAUGGGCCACGUGACAAUCUUUUUCUCCCGAAUGUUCUAGAGGCUGCUGGUACAGGAAAGCUUCGUAUUUUUUCGAAGGGUGACAACCGUAUUUGCUUUACACAUGUAGAUAAUUACUGUCAUGGAUUGAUUAUUGCUGAACGCAAACUCUUCAGGGGAUCCCCAAUUCUUGGAAAGUUUUACAUCGUAACAGAUGGGAGCACACACCCAGAGCCAGGAGCAUAUUGUAUAUUUUGGAAAGAAAUUGACAAGGCUAUCGUAAAAAUGAAUUUUUGUUCAAUCCAGAAAAAAAUCCAUUACCCAUUUUGGUUUCUUUACAUUGCUGCGCUGAUUGCCGAGGUUUUGGGCCGUCUAAUGCACACAACGUUCAAGCUUAAUCUUUUUAAUGUUUUUGUUUUGACCAUGAACCGAUGGUUUCGUAUUGAUGCGGCUGAGGAAGAUCUUGGUUACCGGCCAAUAAUUUCUUUUUCUGAGGGAUGGGAGGACACUAUCGCUUGGUUUAAGGACAAUUGGCUGCCCAAAUUUUUGAAGGAGGGGAGUGCCUCGAUUGUGGGCCUUUCACAAGCUUCACAACAUAAAAUUGAUAUCCAAGCGAAAAGUAAAUAG